AUGGGAGAGAGGCAGCCCUCCACCCCCGGCCCUAUCGAUAAAGAGGAGGGUAAGGAGGACGAGGGGGCAAGAGAGGGCCGACUGAAACUGCAGUCUCUAGAGAGGUCGGGCUCAUCUACCCUACAGCUGGUUCGUAUAGCAAAGGAGGAUAGGGAGCUGAAGGAGGAGCUCGGCGAGACCAGGCAGCAAACAGCGUUGAGAUUGGCACAUUGUAGUGAGCGCGAGGAGAGGCUGAAGGCUCGUAGGGAGGACCUCAGAAUACGAAAGGCGGCUAAUGAGGACUUUUUGAAGGUUGUUGAUAGUAAGGUGGGGAAAGCUGAGAAGAAACGACAGGUAGAGGAGAGGGAGUGUCGUGGGUUGGAUGGGGAGAUAAUUGAGCUGAAAAAACGCGAAGCGGAGCUGAUCGAGAUGAAGAGAAUGGUGGAGGAGGAGGUAGAUGAUGGUUGCCAUCUCGGGUAG